AUGGUGAAUAUAUUCUUCAUCUUCGCAUGUGAAGCUAAACUGAUAACGUCUGUCAUAAAACGAUGGCAUAUCCCCGUCAGUUUUUUGACAUCCGCGUCAUUCUUUUUUUUCCCCCCUUUUAUUUUCCUCUCCCCGUGCGAUUCUCCAAGCUCCGCACCCUCGCCGUGCCGGCAGCCGCGCCUUCGCCUCGCGAUUCUCCGCAGCCGCUGCCUCGCCGUGCGAUUCUCCAAGCUCCGUAGCCACAAGCGAUUCUCCGCAGUCGCGCCCUGCCUCGCCGUGACAUCGAGCUUCAUCGUGCCGUCGACCGCCGACGGACCGAGACCUCAACCAUCCCUCGCGAAACUAGGGUUUCCCCACACAUACCUCGCCGUGCGAUUCUCCAAGCUCCGUAGCCACAACAAUCUCGCCGCACCCUCCCUCGCCGCGACAUCGAGCUUCAUCGUGCCGCCGACCGCCGCGGGACCGAGACCUCAACCAUCCCUCGCGAAACUAGGGUUUCCCCACACAUACCUCGCCGCGAUGAAGCUCCCUUGCCGCUGUUGUUUCAUAUUUUCUGGUCUCAUUCUUCUUCUCAUCACUGGUACUAGACAGAAAUGGAAGAAAAUAGAGUUGAUGAUCAGGAAUACAUUCCCCAAGUUGCAGAUGAUCGAAAGCCAAAAAUUGGGAUGGAAUUUUCAUCACUAGAGGAGGCAUAUUCAUUUUAUAAUCAAUAUGCACGAGAAGCUGGAUUUAGUUCAAGGAUAAACACAAGCAAGAAAAAUAAGAUGACAAAUGAAGUAAUGUGGAAACAAAUUGUAUGCUUUAAAGAAGGGCAUACAGAUCUAAUGCGGAAUGUUAAACAUGCAAAACCUGAUCAACUGAAAAGGGAAAGAGCACGUGGAACAGUUAAAACAGGUUGUAAGUCAAAUAUUGCACUUGUCAAGAAACAGACUGGACCUAAUUGGAUUGUCAGUAACUUCGUAGAAACCCAUAAUCAUCCACUCUCGACUCCAUCAAAGGUGCAUUUACUACGUUCACAUCGUAAUGUUUCAGCAGCAAAGAGAACAUUGACCAAACAAUUUUCAGAGGUCGAUAUACCAACUUGUCAACAAAUGCGAUUAUUGGAGAUUGAGUAUGGAGGACCUGAGAGGGUAGGUUGCACAUAAAGAGAUAUUAGAAAUUUUGAGAAAAACCUAAGAGAUGAACAAAAGGGUAUCGAUGUCGAAACACUGAUCGAGUUAUUUACAUCUGAGCAAGAAAAGAAUUCUGCUUUUUUCUUUGAUUACAAGACUGAUUCAGAUAACAAAUUUAUUAACUGUUUUUGGGCUGAUCAUGUAUCAAGGAGGGCAUAUAGUGUAUUUGGUGAUGUAGUUGUAUUUAAUACGACAUAUAACACCAACAAAUAUGGCUUGAUCUUGGCACCAUUUGUAAGAGUUAAUCAUCAUCAUCAGACUAUUAUUUUUGGUUGUGGGUUUUUAAGUGAUGAGAAAACUGAGUCUUUUGUUUGGUUGUUUAAGAAGUUUAUAGAAGUCAUGCCUAAAAGUCCACCAAAUGUUAUCAUCACUGAUCAGGAUCCUGCUAUGACGAAAGUCAUUGCAUAAGUUUUCCCUCAUACAGUGCAUCGAUAUUGUUUGUGGCACAUAUUGAACAAAUUCCCAGAUAAAUUACACUCUUUAACUUUUCAAAAUCACUAUCAAAGCAUAAAGAAUGUCAUUGCAAAUUCUAGGACACCUGAUGAAUUUGAAAAGUCAUGGGAAGAGGUUAUCAAGUGUGCUAACUUGGAGAAGAACGAUUGGUUGUCGUCGAUGUAUGAAUUACGACAAAAGUGAGUGCCAGUUUAUUUUAGACAUAUAUUUUGUGCUGGAAUGUCAAGUAGUCAGAGAUCUGAAAGCUCACAUUCAUUUUUCAAGAGAUAUAUCUCAAAUAAAAACUCAUUGAUGGAUUUUAUCACCCGUUUCAAUAGGGCACUGAGACACCAAAGACAU